AUGACUGGGACCAACUAUGUGACCGAGUCGAAGGUUUACUCGAAGCGUGUGUGGAAUCUAUCGAUCAGCGUGGUUAAGAGCUUCUGGGGGAUGGCUAAGGUGGAAUAUUUGGGUCAUAAGGUCUCCCACAGUGGACUGGAGGCGAGCCCGAAAGAUCUGUCGGCAUUGACGGAUCUAGCAUUUCCAGGAUCACUCAGGGCUAUGCAGUCAUUUUUGGGAAGUCUGAACUAUUACAGCCGAUUUAUCGAAGCCUACGCGAUCUACGCGUCAGUUCUGUAUGAAUUACGGGAAAUCGACUUCGCUGCAAUGAUGAAGGAAGCUACCCAACUGCGGAUCCAACAAGUAUUGGAAGAAGAGGAUAUAGAUCGAUCAAGAUCGCGGGAAGAUCAGGGUGGCGACUACCAAAAGACCUUAGAUCUGGAGGCACCAGAUCCUACUAAGGUAGAUCCGCGCUGGGUUCAUGCCCAGCGGUCCUUCAGUGCGCUUAAAACUAGGAUCGCUACAACUCCGAUCUUACGGCACUUUGCCUCAGAUCGGAAGGCCAUCGUUGUGGCCAUUUCGGGAUCAUUGAUGCAGGAAUACAACCAGAUCUAUUACCCCGUGAUGUUUGCAAGCCGUACUCUGAAGUUGAAUGAGCUAAACUAA